AUGGCGUCAAGACAAAUGAUUCAACAGCAGACCAGAGGAGAGGAGGAAGGUGUUCCUGGCGCUAGUAAAAACAUGACAGCGGAGAGGAAGAAUCGCCGCGCACUCGGUGAUAUAGGAAAUAUGGUAACUAUUCGUGACGUCAAUGGCAAGCCGCUUCCUCAGGUUUCUCGACCUGUUACAAGGAGUUUCUGUGCUCAGUUACUGGCUAAUGCACAGGCUGCAGCUGCUGCUGAGAAUAACAAGUGCUUGGCAGUGAAUCCCAAUGUGGUGGUGGAUGGAGCUCAGGCUCAGCCAGCCAAGACACUUCAAAAGAGAGCUGUAGCAAAGCCAAAGCCACAGGAGAUUAUAGUAAUUAGCCUUGACUCCAAAGAAGAUAAGCCCAAGGCUAAGGCUGGAGAAAUGUCAUUGAAAAAGAGGUUAGCUGCUUGUGGGCCAAAAGUGGACAUUGAUGCUGCAGAUGCCAAUAACCAUUUAGCAGUUGUUGAAUACAUUGAUGAAAUUUACCAAUUCUACAAAUUGCUGAGGUAUCCCGAGGGCAUGGCAGGGGACUAUAUGGAUUCGCAGCCUGAGAUCAAUGCAAAGAUGAGGGCAAUCAUGGUUGAUUGGUUGGUGCAGGUCCACAACAAAUUUGAUCUCUCUCCAGAGACCCUCUACCUCACCAUCAACCUUGUGGAUCGAUAUCUUGCAUCGAAGAAGACUCAGUUAGUGGGGUUAGGGGCAAUGCUGAUAGCCUCUAAAUAUGAGGAGAUUUGGGCGCCUGAGGUGAAUGAGCUGGUCUUCAUCUCAGACAGAACUUACUCCUGUGCAGACAUCUUGGCCAUGGAGAAGAAGAUCCUAGGACAGCUGGAAUGGAGCUUGACAGUUCCCACUCCAUACGUGUUCCUUGCCCGGUUCAUCAAAGCAUCCAUGACUGAUGCAAAAGUGGAGAACAUGGUGUAUCUGUUGGGUGAGCUUGCAAUGAUGAACUACAGCAGAGCAAUAAGGUACAGCCCCUCGUUGAUUGCUGCCUCAGCAGUCUACGCAGUGCGCUGCACCUUGAGCAUUGCACCAGCUUGGAACGAGACCGGCCUCUUGGAAGAGCAGCUCAUGGAAUGUGCUAAGAUGCUGGCAACGUUCCAUUCGAUGUUGUUGGACGGGAAUAUGCGUGGGAUCUACCGGAAAUACCAGGGCUCAGAUAGGGAAGCUGUUGCUCUCUUGCCACCACCAAAUUCUCUUUUGUUGCCCUAAUCCUUCAUCUCAUUUUGUUUCUUUAUUAUUCUUCAAAUUUUCAAAAAUUAUACUACCAUGA